AUGGAAGCAUUCAGGGUUCUUGUCAUUGUUUUGGUUGCAUGCAUCUCGAUAUCCCAAGCUGCUAGCACGAAUCCUCCUGUACAAGGCCUGUUUGUUUUUGGGGACUCAGCGUUAGAUGGAGGACAGAACACGUACAUCCCGGGCUCCAAGAUUGUUAGCGCAAUUCCGCCGUAUGGAAAGACUUACUUCAGCAAGCCAACAGGGCGUUGGACGGAUGGUAGAACGAUUGCUGAUUUCCUGGCUCAAGCACUAGGCCUUCCAUUGUUGCCACCUUUUCUCGAGCCUGGUGCCAACUUUUCCAAUGGGGGAGUUAUUUCAAUGAAGCAGCAGCUGCGCCAGUUUCGCAACGUCACAAAUGAGUACAAAAAAGAGAAGGGUGUGGAGUUUACGAACCAGCUCUUGCGCAAUUCAGUGGCAUUGUUUAGCAUGGGAGCUAAUGAUAUUGCUAAUGCUGUUCCCAGCUCAUUCUUGUUCCAGGAGAUGAUACAAACAUAUUCAAGUGCUAUUCAGGUAAAACAAAUGCUGUUGUUAAUUGUGAAUGUAAAAGCCUAUGGAGGAAAGCUGGAGCCUCGACGUUUUUACGUCUCUCUUACGGCUGCGAAUUGGAGCCUGCGUCAAUGA